CCAGCCACGUUCAAAUCGUUCUGCGUAUCGCGUUUCUCAUUUGAUCCAACGGAGUGAAUUACUUGGAGGGGAGGAUCGCUCGACACUUUCCCUUUCGACGUGGUUCUAAACGGGAAUCGAGAAAAAAAUAGAAAAAGGAACGCAUGAGAGCGGAAGGUCGCGAAGGGAUGCCAGGCAUCCGAAGUCUUUUGUUCGUUUUCUGGUGCCUCGAUGUUCUCGCGGCCUGUGCCACGAGCAACGAUCAAGCGAUCGACAACCCGAGGACACUGUCCAGGCGCAAGAGGUACUUGAUCUUUCCGGAAGGCAGUAAUCUGCAGUUGGUGUUUUGUUUAACGGUGGGAACCUACGCGAAAGAGAACGAUGUAGUGAUGGGAUUAACUGCAGCUCUAGCCUGGGAAUUGCCGAGCACAAUCGACAAGAAGGUCUCGCAGUUGCUUCAUCGAAGAAGCAGAAGCGCCAUGUUCCCGAAAAUAGAAGCUUUAUUGCAAUCCACUGGUCUGGAUGGGAAGGCUUGCGUAUUGAGAGCUUUAUGCGAGGCUGCACAGAGGGAUCCUUCAGAUCUGGGGAAAGGAAGUCUAAUUCAAGAGUUGCUGCACGCCAUUUUUACGUUACCCACGGACGGCGGACGUUUCGAACGAUCGGAGGACCAGGCUUACGAGCACGCGUACGAGACCAGGGAGGAUUGCGGCCAUCUUUAUCCGACCUGUCGCUACUCCAUUUACGAGCUCGAGUUCUGAGGCCGAAGCAACCAGCAAUUGGACGCAUUCGUAUGCGUGUGCAAACGUUGACCGCGUUUCACUGGCGAACUCUGCCGUCUCUCCUUCCUCUCUCUCUCUCUCUCUCUCUCUCUCUCUUUCUCCUGGAACUACUCUUUCUGGCUACUCGCCCGUUCCACGCCGAUUUUUCAACCCCUGGACCACCCCAGCGCAUAAUCUUCCGUUGCAUGACGGAACUCGGUCCGCACGAUCGUGUUUGCCAACUUGCGCGGAUCUUCGCAUCUCGCCUCUUAUUUUGUUCCAUUUGACUAGUGGCUUUGUGCCGCGCAGGAGGACGAUGUUCUCGGGCAAACGAGAUGCUUUCUAGGAUGAUUGGUAGUGGAUUUCCGAAUGUGGGACAGUAGAUUCUGUGAUGCGUUAUGCUGCGUAGAAACAAAUGCACGGAAGAAUCUCCCGUUUGGCUGCAAUUCUUAAGUUCCCCGAGUUCGUUUUGUCGUUUUAUCGUGAGGGAGAAAUAAUAUCUGCAUUUGUAAAUUUUGUUUAAAUUUGUUGAUUAUCAUGUGAGUUUUUCCAAUAAUAAUCUGAGAUAGAGUUGUAAUGAUUUUUUAUCCCUACAAUCUGAUGUGUUUAGAUAAUGUGUUUUACUUUCAUUUAUCAAUUGUAAAAAUUAUUAGU